AUGAGGUCCUCUGUUAUUGAAAUGAAGUUAAAAGUGUUAUCAUGGAAUGUGCGUGGCUUGUAUGAGAAGGAUAAACGCCUAGCAGUUAGGUCCCUGCUUCGCAACGUGAGAGCGGAUGUAAUAUGUUUGCAGGAAACGAAAAUGGAGGUGUUGGGUGGAGAUGUGGUAAGAGAGAUCUGGGGUGGUCGGUUUGUGGAAUGGUCAUAUUUACCAACUGUGGGUACGGCAGGAGGGGUUCUUCUAUGUUGGGAUAAUAGUGUGGUGGUGAAGAAGGAUGAGGAAGUAGGAGAGAGGGGCUCUUUUUUGGGAGAGUUGGGGGAUGUUGCACAUCAAUGGUGUGAGCCGUGGUGUGUGGGGGGUGAUUUGAAUAUGGUUCGAUGGUCGGUUGAGAAGAUGGGGAACACUAGGGUGAAUAGGUCCAUGUGGGCAUUCUCUGCAUUUACUGAUGAGUUGAAUUUGGUUGAUUUGCCUCUUCAGGGGGGGAAUUUCACUUGGUCUAAUGGCCACCAUAUGUCCCGAAUUGAUAGAUUUCUGGUCACUAGUGGUUGGGAGGAGCACUUUUCAGAGGUCGUUCAAAGUUGCUUACCACGUCCAGUCUCAGAUCAUUGGCCUAUUUUGCUUGACAGUGGCGGGGUUCGUAGUGGGCCGACGCCUUUUUGGUUCAAGAAUAUGUGGUUGCACUCGGAGGGCUUUUUAGAGAGGGUCCGUCGAUGGUGGAGUACGUAUAUAGUUAGUGGCACUCCUAGUUGCAUGUUGGCUCAGAAACUAAAACUUCUCAAAACAUAUUUGAAACUGUGGAAUAAGGAGACUUUUAGCCAGGUGGAAGUUCUAAAAGCGGAAGUGGUGGACAUUCUGCAGUCCUUAGAUGCGCAGGAAGUUUCUAGUGGGCUUUUAGGUGUGGAUGUGGCUAAAAAGGAGGCGGCCAAGUAG